AUGCGCUUCGACACCAACCUCGCAACCCUUACUAUGCUCUUUNGCGCUGGCGCCAAUGCAGCCCCUUUGAAUAGGCGCGACGCAGAAGCGGUUGUCCACCCAAUUCUCGGAUCGCAGGACCGCUACAAAGACGCUUCAGAAAUCGCGGAUCCCAGACUUGGAAUCUCCGGCAACCUUCGUCCGGCUGUGUGGGAGAAACGCGAUGCCCUCGAUGCCCGGAUUCCUGAUGCCCGGAUCGUCGACCUAUUCCCAAAUUAUGCGAAAAUCGGCGGCGCUCGUCUAGGUGCUUGGGAGAAGCGUGAAGCCCAGCCGCAAGAUUUCAAUUUUGUCGACCCCGUACGGGCCCUUGGUGAUCAAGGCAAACCUGAACCAAACGACUUCUUUGGGAGGAAAGCUUUUCCAGAUUUCGGGCUGCAGCAGAAGCGUGAAGCUCAAGCCAUAACUGAGCCCCCUUUCCGACAAGUCGGUGUCGAGCCAGGCAAUAACAAUCCACCCUAUGUGCCAAAUUUCGAGAAGCGAAAUCGAGAUUCCUGGGCACAACCCUACCCGCCAUUCGCACCAGGAGGUCGUCAGCCCUUCGAUCCUUUCCCGGGUGAUGGAGGGUAUACCGGCCCAAUUCUAUUGAAUGGCAACGAGAAGCGCGACGCCGAUGCGUCCCUAGUAGAGGCUCGUGGACUCACCAACCAUCUCCCGCUUCCUGGCCCUAUUCAAUGGAAUUUCAACGACAAGCGCGAAGCCAUUGUGUAUCAUCCAGGGUUCUUGAAUCUUCCGGGAAGCAAACCAUGGAAUGGUCCACAGCUCGCUGGUGGCCCGGAGAAGCGGAAUCAAAGAGCCUGGAUACAACCCUAG